UCCACGAUUCCUGCCCUAGUUGUGUGUCCUGGUCCCACAGAUCUUUCUUUCCCCCAAUAAAUUUGCACUUUACCUUGUUUUUCGCUGUUCAUCAGAUUCUCCUCUCCUCUUUGCUUGGUGAAAUUUGGAAAACCGCAAUUAUUGCAUUAAAAUAGUCAACCUUACCGGAUUUUAAAUUCAAAUUCGAUUUGUUGAUUGUUGUUUUUGCAAAAUUAUCCUCCAUUGUUGUGCAGAAUUUGUCUGCGAAGAGCUGAUCAUUUUGAAUCAUGUAAUUAGGGUUUUCAGGAAAAUUUUCAGUUUCUCAGAAGCUUCUCCAAUCACGAUCUCCUUAUAGAUAAGUUGAAUUUUUUUCCCUUGAUCAAAGUGUUUGUUUUUGCUCAGAAAGUGCAUACCCAGUAGCUGAAAUCUCGUAAAUUAAUGAUUCUGGGUUCAGAUUUUGUUAUAUGUAUCUUUUGUAUGUAGUUUUGUAAUCUAGUAACAAAAUUGUGUAUCUUGUGAGCGAGUGUGUGCCAGCUGGCUCGAACACCAAGGUUAUUAAAAAAAAAGAAAAUUGUGUGUCUAGUGGUUAGUCUUGUAAGAUUUUUUGUAUAUGAUUGAUUAGUUAAUAACUAGAAAUAUGAAGCAUCAGAAGAAGAAGAGAUCCAAAGCUUGUAAACAAGUUGGGGUUGGUAACGGUUCGUUGCCAUCUGGGAAUAGUAAUGAUGGAGGGGAGAGUGUUGUGACGGCUUUAACGGAGGCAUUUAGCUCUGUAUCUGUGGAGGAAGCAACAUGUGCUUAUAAAGAGGCAAAUGGGGAUUUGAAUAAAGCAAUGGAGAUUCUGGGUGAUAUGGUGGAGCGUAAGGAAGAGGAUAAGACCACUAGUUGUUCUAGCUCGAGUGGAAACGUUGGUUCAAGUUUGGAUUCGAGUAACUCGGAUGUGUUUGUUGGGGGUCAUUCCUGGAAGAACUCAGUUCAGCGCAAGGCAAAGAUGAAGAAAUUGGUAGCUGCUACUGGAACAGUAUCGGCGAUGAUAGGGAAAGAUUAUGUGAGGACAACUCCAAAGAAGAGUUGUUCAAAGCUCAAGGGAUUAAAUGAUGAAACAUCAAGCAAUGAAGAUGUUGAGCAGUUUUUGUAUUCCAUGCUUGGGGAGGACUCUGAUUUGAGCUUAGCUGUCGUCAGAGAUGUGUUAUGUCAAUGCGGAUAUGAAGUUGAGAAGGCUCUGAGUGUGUUGCUUGAAUUAUCAGCUCCCUCUAAUGAGCAACCUAAGCUUAGCGACUGUAGUGCAAACUGGAAAGAAGAGGCUGUGUUUCUUCAUUCAAGUGAUGGUCUUACUGACAGGACAUCUGAUUCUACUUCUCAUUCAUCUGAAGGCGAAGUUCUAGAAAAUGUGUGGUUUUGGGGGCCUCCUGGCAGGAAUCAGUUAAAAGUUCCUGCUGGAAACUCUGAACAUUCUUCAUCAUCUACAGCAGGAAAUUCUGGACCAGUACUUCCUCAAGAUAUCCUGGAAUCUCUGUUUAAUAUGCCAACCCCCAAGAGUGCUGAACAUGAACCAACUACUAUGAACUGGAAGAAUGUAGUGAAGAAAAUGACAUCUUUGGGACAAAGGUUUGGAUCUUGUCCUAAUGAUAUCCCACCACUACAGCAUACUCAUGGUGAGGGAGCUGAGUAUCAGCUGUUCAGGGAAACUGCAAAGCAACAUUGGGAGUCAAUGAGAUCCCAUUAUCAGAAGGCUGCAACAGCUUUUUCAAAUGGCCAAAAGGGACAUGCUGCUUAUCUUGCGGAUCAGGGUAGGCUACACAACAGAAAGGCUCAAGAGGCUGAUGCGAAGGCUAGCCAGGAUAUAUUUGCAGCUAGAAACAAGAACAUAGAAAAUAUGAUAACUAUCGACUUGCAUGGGCAACAUGUCAAACCAGCAAUGAGGCUUUUGAAACUGCACCUUCUGUUUGGAGCAUUUGUACGCUCUGUUCGGUUGUUCAGAGUUAUCACGGGAUGUGGGGCACAUGGCGUUGGGAAGUCGAAGCUGAAAAACUCGGUAGUUGAACUUUUGAAGAACGAACGUAUUGAAUGGACUGAGGAGAAUAGAGGAACAUUGCUCAUCAAGCUCAAUGGACGAAUGAAUUUUAGCUUUCUAGAUACUGAUGAUGAUGAUGAUGAUGAUAACUGAUCAUCCCUUAGGCAUGGUUGCUAGCAGUUGGGCGCCGUGGAUUUUAGCAUUAACAGUGGCGCUAAAUGUAAUUAACAUCACUAUAUUAUCUGGGUGCUAGGUGGUGUAAACCUAGAUUAUGAUAUUUUACGAUAUUUACAUUUUCUUUUGUUAGUGUGAGAAUUGUAAAGGUGUAUCCUAGCUCUGAGUAUUAUGCAGCAUGAUAGCUAAGCUCAUGUAUCAGUGUAGAAUGCACAUUAUUGUAGUAACUGUAAUACUCAUUUAUUCUGGAAAUC